UUGAUUUCUCUUGAGACGAGACGACUCCGAGCUGAGAUACUCCGAGCGUGUGAAUCGUUCAAGAGCAGAGGUUUUUAUCGAGAAGUGGCGACUCCCGAGCAGAGGUUGCUCCAGAGCCUGGACCCCUUCCAGAGACAGAGUUUGUGUCUGAGCCAAAGUUACACUACCGGAACUGAGGUGCUCCAAGAGACACAGAGUUUGCAUUGUUCUCUUAAGACGAGACGACUCCGAGCUAAGAUACUCCGAGCGUGUGAAUCUUGUUCAAGAGCAGAGGUUUUUCCCGAGAAGUGGCGACUCCCAAGCAGAGAGUGCUCUAGAGGCUGGUACUCUUCCAAGAGAGAGAGUUUGCGUGGUUUCCCCAGAGACGAAGUGACUCCCGGAGCUGAGGCUUGUACGAACUCAGAGACAGUGGUGGAGCAAGUAAUACGAGAUCUGGGACAACAAAUAUGCCUCAACCACAGUGCGAGCUCUGAGCUGACAGGUUAUAUUGAAUGGGCAGGACUGAGGAAAUUUGACAUUACCGACUGCAAGCAAGACAAAUUAGGUUCACAGUAUAUGGGUAAAAUUAGUAGGACUGUUAACGGCAUACCAUGUCAACGUUGGGAUUCCCAAAGCCCGCAUUCUCAUGGAAUAACAACUGUUCCGGAUGGUUCUUUGGCAGCUGCAGAUAACUUUUGCAGAAAUCCUGAUAAUGAAACCGGUGGGCCGUGGUGCUAUACUACAGAUCCUAAUGAAAGAUGGGACUAUUGUGGGGUUCCGUUAUGUACAGUGGACGUGAACGACUGCAAGCAAGACAAGUUGGGUACACAGUACAUGGGUAAAAUAAGUGUGACUGUUAACGGCAGACAAUGUCAGCGUUGGGAUUCCCAAAGUCCACAUUCUCAUUCGAUAACAACUGUGCCGUUUGGCUCUUUAGCAGCUUCAGAAAACUUUUGCAGAAAUCCCGAUGGUGAAAGUCGUGGGCCAUGGUGCUAUACUACAGAUCCCAAUGAAAGAUGGGAAUACUGUGAGGUUCCUUUUUGCACAGUAGACACACUCGACUGCAAGUAUGACAUUUUGGGUGCAGGGUACGUUGGUGAAGUUAGUAGGACUGUGAAUGGCAUACCAUGUCAACGUUGGGAUUCCCAAAGCCCGCAUUCUCAUGGAAUAGCAACUGUUCCGGAUGAUUCUUUGGCAGCUGCAGAAAACUUUUGCAGAAAUCCUGAUAAUGAAAGUGGUGGGCCAUGGUGCUAUACUACAGAUCCUAAUAAAAGAUGGGAAUAUUGUGGGGUUCCGUUAUGCACAGGUGAGAUUUGGUGUAAACCAGGUGCAUUUGGAAAACUGUACACGGGCAAGAUUAACAUUACUUCCGAUGGUAAAGAAUGUCAACGUUGGGACUCCAAGAGCCCUCAUAAUCAUGCACAAGACGGCACGGGUUUUCUAGAGAUCUCUCUAGCAGCUGCAGAAAACUAUUGCAGAAAUCCCGAUGGCGAGCCAGGUGGGCCAUGGUGUUACACGACAGAUCCAAAUCAAAAAUGGGACUACUGCGAUGUUCCUAUUUGUGGAGGUGACAAUUUAUGUGACGUAAAUUGCUACCUUAAAGAUUCAUAUGGUUCUCGAAGGUCGGCGUUCUUUCCCGAUGGCACUCUGUGUAGCGAGCGUGACACCGACGCUACGGAGAUAUCCAUGUGUGUAGAGGGAUACUGCAAGGCGUUUUCUUUGGCAUAAGAACGAGUUGUAUCAACGCCUCUUAGAUACAAGGGAACAAAGCUUAACAAUAUUGUAUCAAUGUUAAAUGUGACUGAAUAAAGAUUUUACUGUUUAGAAUGCAA